UUUCUACCUACUGCACAUGCGCAGAAUGAGCGGCCUUUUCCAGUUUGGCGGAAUCUGCCUGCCCCAGAAAAUCGCCUGGGUCCCGGGCGGUUGAGGGUGAAGACGCUUAAAAAUGGGAUUUGUUAAAGUUGUGAAAAGCAAGGCGUACUUCAAGCGGUACCAAGUGAAAUUUAGGAGGAGGAGAGAGGGAAAGACUGAUUACUAUGCACGGAAACGCUUAGUGGUACAGGAUAAGAACAAGUACAAUACCCCAAAAUAUCGGAUGAUUGUACGAUUCACCAACCGGGACAUCAUAUGCCAGAUUGCGUAUGCCAAAAUUGAGGGUGAUAUUAUUGUAUGUGCUGCCUAUGGCCACGAAUUACCCAAAUACGGCAUAAAAGUUGGGCUCACCAACUAUGCUGCAUCUUAUUGCACUGGUCUGCUUCUUGCCCGCAGGGUAAGUUCUAGGUUAGCACUCAUGUCAUUUUAAUGCUCUUGCUUUCAUAAAAAUAUUUUUGAU